AUGGCCAGCCUCGUGGGCCUCGUCGCCAGUGCUUGGCUCCUCCCCGCAGCCUAUGGCGCAAGCCAUUCGCUUGCGCCUAGCACGUCCGCAACCUCAGCACACGCGCAAUACACCUUGCCAUCUUCUAUUGACAAUGGUGCUCAAUUGAUCGCCAACAUCGACGACCCUCUUGCUGUUGACGCGCAGUCUGUCUGUCCGGGCUACAAAGCCUCAAAUGUGCAGCAGACAUCCCAAGGUUUCACCGCCAGCCUGCAGCUCGCGGGCAAACCAUGCAAUGUGUACGGGACAGACGUCGAUUCGUUAUCUCUGACGGUGGAUUUCCUGGCCCAGGACCGCCUGAACAUCCAAAUUGUUCCCACCCAUGUGGAUGCCUCCAACGCUUCUUGGUACCUCCUCUCGGAAGACUUGGUGCCCCGGACGCAAGGCUCUGGCGUGUCCGCCUCUGAAAGUGACUUUGAUGUGAAGUGGUCCAAUGAACCUUCUUUCAACCUCAUGGUGAUUCGCAAGACUACCGGAGACGUCCUCUUCGAUACCAAGGGCUCUGUCUUGGUCUUUGAGAACCAGUUCAUCGAGUUCGUCUCUUCUUUGCCCGACGGUUACAACCUGUACGGUUUGGGGGAGCGCAUGGCCCAGCUGCGGCUUUUGAGAAACGCGACCCUAACGACCUAUGCAGCGGAUGUGGGAGACCCGAUUGACAGCAACAUCUAUGGACAGCACCCGUUCUAUCUCGACACCAGAUACUAUACCAAAGCCGCAAAUGGGUCCUACUCGCUUGUCAACACUGACGAGACGGACAUGUCGGAGGAUUAUGAAUCGUUCUCUCACGGUGUCUUUUUGAGAAACUCUCAUGGUCAGGAAGUUCUCCUGCAACCCCGCAACAUCACUUGGCGCACGAUUGGUGGUAGCAUCGAUUUGACUUUCUACUCGGGUCCCACCCAGGCGGACGUCACAAAGAGCUACCAGCUCUCCACUAUUGGACUUCCUGCAAUGCAGCAGUACAGUGCCUUUGGAUACCACCAAUGCCGCUGGGGCUACCGGAAUUGGUCUCAGCUCGAGGAAGUGGUCAACAACUUUGAGCGAUUUGAGAUUCCUCUGGAAUACAUUUGGAGCGACAUCGAUUACAUGCUUGGUUACCGUGACUUUGAGAACGAUCCCGAACGGUUCCCCUACGAUGAAGGCGAGGAAUUUCUGGACAGACUGCACAAGUCGGGACGUCACUACGUUCCUAUCGUUGACUCGGCCAUCUAUAUUCCCAACCCUGACAAUGCAUCGGAUGCGUACGAGCCUUAUACUCGAGGGGCAAAGGAUGACGUUUUCAUCAAGAACCCCGAUGGCAGCCUCUACAUUGGUGCGGUGUGGCCUGGCUUUACUGUCUUCCCCGAUUGGCACAACCCCAAGGCAUUUGACUACUGGGCCAACGAACUUGUCACCUGGUGGAAGAAGGUUGCGUUUGAUGGCAUCUGGAUUGAUAUGAGUGAAGUCUCCUCUUUCUGCGUCGGCAGCUGUGGAACAGGAAUGCUACACCUGAACCCUGUUCACCCACCAUUCCAGCUUCCUGGUGAACCUGGCAAUAUCGGCUACGAUUAUCCCGAGGCCUUCAACGUGACGAACUCUACCGAAGCUGCCUCUGCCUCCGCGGCCUCUGCCAGUCAGGCUUCCGCUGCUGCUGCCACCCAAACCGGCACUACGUCGACUUCGACUUCGACAUCGUAUCUGCGGACAACGCCCACUCCGGGCGUCCGUGACGUCAACUACCCUCCUUAUGUGAUCAACCAUGUUCAGACGGGCCAUGACCUCGCCGUUCACGCCAUUUCUCCCAACUCCACCCAUGUGGACGGUGUCCAGGAAUACGAUGUUCACAGUCUGUGGGGUCACCAGAUACUCAAUGCUACCUACUACGGGCUACGCCAAGUCUUCACUGAGAAGCGACCCUUCAUCAUCGGUCGGUCUACCUUUGCAGGCUCGGGAAAGUGGGCCGGUCACUGGGGCGGUGAUAACAACUCCAAAUGGGGCUCCAUGUUCCUGUCCAUCUCGCAGGGGUUGUCAUUCUCGCUGUUCGGUGUUCCCAUGUUCGGCGUAGACACCUGCGGUUUCAACGGUAACACUGAUGAGGAGCUCUGCAGCCGGUGGAUGCAGCUAUCGGCCUUCUUCCCCUUCUACCGCAACCACAAUGUCCUCGCGGCCAUCCCCCAGGAGCCCUACCGAUGGGCCUCUGUUACCAAAGCCGCCAAGGCCGCCAUGAAGAUCCGCUAUUCCAUCCUGCCUUACUUCUACACCCUCUUCCAGCAGGCCCACACCACCGGCUCCACCGUCAUGCGGGCUCUCGCCUGGGAGUUCCCUACUGAUCCCUCCCUCGCCGCCGUCGACACCCAGUUCAUGGUCGGCCCUUCCAUCAUGGUCGUCCCCGUCCUCGAGCCCCUCACCGACACCGUCAAGGGUGUGUUCCCAGGUGUCAGCAAGGGCGAAAUCUGGUACGACUGGUACACCCAGACGGCCGUUGACGCCAAACCCGGCGUCAACACCACCAUCCCAGCUCCGUUGGGCCACAUCCCCGUCUUCGUCCGUGGAGGCAGCAUCCUGCCCAUGCAGGAACCCGCCCUCACGACCAGAGACGCCCGUAACACUCCCUGGUCGCUACUCGCCGCUCUGAGCAGCAACCAGACUGCCUCUGGCUCGCUGUACCUCGACGACGGAAGCAGUGUCAACCCGUCCUCCACUCUCGACGUCAAGUUCCAGGCUGCCAGCUCGAGCAUCAAGGUCUCGGCUAAGGGUGCCUGGAAGGAGAAGAAUCGCCUGGAUAAGGUGACUGUCCUCGGUGUGGCCGCGAAGCCUUCCGCUGUGACGUUCAACGACCGCAAAGUCCACCCUAGCUCGGUGCACUAUAAUGCCACAUCCAAGGUGCUGUCUGUGAAUGGACUGCAAAACAUGACGCCCCAUGGCGCCUGGACCGAGGAUUGGGUUCUGAAGUGGUAG